AUGGGUGAUGGAUAUACCGUGCAGACUUCACGGAUUCUUGACGGGGCCAUUAUGACAAUGUUCACUAUGAUAGUUAGUGCAUUUUUCCUUUACAUGUUCAAGGCUCUUUGGUUCCUACUGAACCGCAGCGAAUUUAAGUGGUUUAAAGUGGGUCUAAUAAUUACCACGAUAUUCCCUUUUAAGCAUUCAUUUGACUAUAAUUUGACACACAUAUUUCUAUUUUCAAUAUGCACGUUAAUAUUUUGUGUAAAACCUGUGGAUGAGGAGAGCGGUGCCAAAAAGGAGGGAUUUGACUUCAAGAAGAUGGUGCCAGAUAAGUUCAAAAAGUAUACCUAA